AAAACCAUCCCACGCUAGCAAAGCCUACCAAGCUUAGCCACAAACCAGUAAGAGCAAUGGCGCCCUCCAAGCUCGCCCUCUUCCUCGCCCUGAACCUGGUCCUCCUCGCCGCCGUACAGGGCUGCGGGCCCUACUGCCCUCCUGUCAUCCCUACCCCGCCGAUCCGCCCACCGCCUGCCGUGCCAUCGACCGGCGGGGGCAGCUGCCCUAUCAACACGUUGAAGCUGGGCGUGUGCGCCAACGUGCUGAACCUACUGAAGCUCAGGAUCAGUGUGCCGGCGAACGAGCAGUGCUGCCCGCUCCUGGGCGGGCUCGCCGACCUCGACGCCGCUGUGUGCCUCUGCACCGCCAUCAGGGCCAACAUUCUCGGCAUCAAGCUGAACGUGCCUAUCGACUUGACCCUCCUCCUCAACCAGUGCGGCAAGAAGUGCCCGGCCAACUUCACCUGCCCCAUCUGAUCCAUCCAUCCAUGGAUGAAUAUUGUACAUGCAUAAUCGUUCUACUCGCGUAACCAGUUUGCAUGUCAUACGCGCGCGCCAUACGUAUGCUUUUUCUGUUACAGUUCAUAUGUCAAGCGUUUGCAUGGGCUCCCUCGCUCGUGCAUGCAUGCUUGAUAAGCUUGUGAUUGAUCAAUGUCAUUGUCUCCCGUUAUGUUAUCUAAAUGCAUGAUUUGCAUAUUUGUAAAAGGAUAUACAUACUUGUACACGUACCUGGAAUAAAAAGUUUGUUCAAUA